UUCGCGGAUCGAAAAAAGAUAGGCAAAAAUUAUUUAAUCCAUUUCGUCGCCUAUCUGAUUAUCUAAAAACAGUGACCCCUCACGAGUUGCAUUCGCGAAAAUACUAUUCGUCCCGCAAGAAGUUGAGUAUUCCCGAUUCUUUAUAAAUAGUUUUUCCGGGGAGAUCUAUUUCGGUGGUGCGUAUUUAUUCGAGGCGCAGGCAAAGGUGGAAACAAAAACGAAAAUGGCUCGCUCUGCUAGUCCGGGAGGAUUCUCCAACUACGAGGACGAUUCGCUGUUCCAGAAUGCAGUUUUCACGCACGAUAUUAGCGAGCAGAUGCGCGUCCCGAAGCGGAUCCGUGCCACCGGAGACUACUUUGACGAUCACGAGCUGCUGUCGAAUGGGAAUGGCGAGAUAAAUUCCUGGAACUAUCACGACAAGAUCGAAAUGAACGUCCCGGACAGGAUUGUAGUCCUCGGGCAGGAUCAGCAUUUGGUUCUUACGUCAGGCACCAAAUCGGCACCCCGCGAGAUUAUGCUGGAGAACUCGAUUCUGCCGAAAGAUCCGGGUUUUGUGCGUGUUUCGACACCUCCGAGGGUGAUUUCGCUAGCGGAACAUCACUUCCCCUCGGCGACGGAUCUUCCGCGGGAAGGCGCUGAAGGCAAGGAACAUAACGAGCAUAACUAUGACGACGACUACGAGCCACGGUCGCUGGAUUCGGUUGAGGAUCUGAACGGCAGCAUGCAAGUAGGAAACCGGCAACGGUUUGGCCAGGGAAGUCGAGGAGGAGCCAUUGGAGGCGAGUUACAGAAGAGGGCAACAUUUUCCAAGCACAGUUCCGAGCUAGUCGUCGGAAGGAGCUUCCGAGAGGAGACACCAACGUUUGGAGGAAGUGUCGAAAAUCUAACACCGGCCGAAGAGAUGACCAAUCUGCGUCGCCAGGUGGCCAAAAUGAACCGGAGACUGCUGUCCAUCGAGCUGGACAACAAUCAGCGGCAGCAACGGGAAAAGAUUAUGUAUUGUGUCGGGUUGGCUUACCUGCUGUUGAAAACAUUCAUGUGGCUUAGUCGGAAGUAAGGAGAAAGAGGCUGUACAGUAUUCGUUCUCCCCAAAGAUAUGUCUCUUUAUGAGGGCGUUGACCCUCAGAAGAACAAAAGAACGAACGAUGCAGUUAGGAACCAGAAUUGAACAAACGAUGGACUAAACAAACUAUUCAUAUGGAAGUAGUUGUAAUAUAUAGCACGGAUAAAAAAGCACAUGUUGAUGAUUUUCCCUAUGCUGUACAAUGUAAGUGGAAACCACUCGAAGAAGAGCGUAGGUAACCAUAAGAACUAUUCUGCAUCAUAAAUAUUUCAAUAGUCAAUGACGGUACAAUGUGGAUUACCAUAAGCAAGCUUCUGAAAUUUUCAAAAAAAUCUAAAAUGCCAUGCAGAAUUCAUUCUGGCGGCAGCGACAUUUUCUUCUAUUAGACUGGUAUUCAUACUAUUUUUUAUAAUUUUUAUUCUUUCCAAUUGUAGCAUAGCGUAAAAAAGAAACAAAACUUUUAGUGUUUAGAAAAUCUAACCAUGUUUCAAUGAAGUAAAGUUGUUUUACCGGAGAUUUCUGUUCGAGUGAAAGCUAGCUUCUGUUGAUUGAGAAGCUUCGUUGGGAGAAAUGGAAGGUGUGUUGAAUUAGAUCUCUUCAUUAUGACCAUCGUCUACAUGCUAACGAGCCAACAGCAAAAGUAAGCCCCGCCCUCUCGAAAUGUGUAAUUUGAUAUACAACUUUAGUCACGUCAUGUUUAAACUAAGAAGAAUAAUAAAGUUAAACAAUAAUUACCA